AUGGGACUACCCUCCUCUAAGCUUGCCACUCUUUUAUUGAGGGGACUUUCUUUGGCUUUUCUGGCACUAUCACUCACACUUCUUUUUAUCGAUAAGAAGAAACUUAAACGUGGGCAUGUCUACAACUAUAAGGAUGUUCAUAGCUACAGUUACAUGGUUGGAACAAUCGGCAUUGGCAUUGCAUAUACCAUAAUGCAAACAAUAGCAUUUGUGGUCUUACGGAUCAUAACUGACAACGAUAUAUGGGUUUUAGUUGACUUUUAUGGUGACAAGGUUAUAUCAUACUUAUUAGCCACAGGGGCAGCUGCAGGACUUGGUGCUACCUCAGAUUUGGAUAAUAUUGCGUCUCCAGAUUCUGGCCUCGGAGGUUUUUUCGGUAUGGGAUAUGCAUCAGCUACCAUCCUCUUCCUCGCAUUCGUCUGCACGGCAAUCUUGUCAAUUAUGUCCUCCUUUGCACUUCCUAAGGCAGUUUAG